AUGGCAAGAAUUCAACACACGUCAAACUCUCAACGCAAGAUCCCCCAUGAAGUACCCCCUUGCACAGCUCAAUUUGCCAAUUUAUUCCCCUCCACCCACCCACCCCCAACCCAAAACUGGGGCCAUUUGCCCCUUCCUGGACGCAACCCCAGUGGCUCUGAACCUGCCUUCUACAGAGUGGAGAAUCCAACAGCCUCCCGUAUCAAUUGUCUGCCGUCCAUCAUUUCCGCAUCGGAUCUGCCAUGUUUGGCAGUUUCCAGAGGCCCAUUGGGCUCUGUGCAUACACCUGGGGGCUCCUGUAGAUGGGCCCCGCAACAGGCCCCAUAA